AUGUCGAUUAUGCGCCACAGGAGCCGCAUUCGGCCGAGCAGGGCCAAGCUCCGCAUCCAUAUGAUGCCCAUCACCACCGAGGCUCGCUCCAGCACGCCGCAUUAUUCCACUGGCCAUCACCCCCAUCCAAUCCUCACCGACCCGAGCCACAUGGGAGGACACCCAAGCGCCCGGCACAUGGGCCAUUCGGGGCCGCCGCACUACGGCGCCGCAGGUCCCUCGCCCCACGCCGUUGUGGCGCCUCUCUACCCGUCUCUAACGCCGACCCAUGGUCCUUCUGGUAGCCUAAAGCGACAAAGACCAGACGACCUUGAUCUUUCUGUCUCGGGGAUCCCCGACCUGGAACAGAGCGACUUGGAGCCCAUGCAGCAAACACCUAUGGGGACGUCGUACGGCCAAGGGGCGGGCGCUCCUCCGACGCACCACCACCACCGUCUGCCGGAUACAGGGCCGCCGAACAAGCUUAUGCGACGCGACGGAGAGAGCAGUUCGGGCGGGGGUGCUCCGAGCGUGGUGGGACAAGCAGGGAUGCCGCACCCGGCUCCGCGUCCGAGGGGACCCAAGUUGAAAUUCACACCAGAGGACGACCAACUUCUAAUAGACCUCAAGGAAAACAAAAGCUUGACAUGGAAACAAAUCGCCGACUUCUUCCCUGGCAGAUCAAGCGGGACCCUUCAAGUGCGAUAUUGCACGAAACUCAAGGCAAAGACGACGCAAUGGACAGAUGAAACGGACCAAAAGCUUAGGACGGCGCUUCAAGACUAUGAAAACGAGAAGUGGCGCAUAGUCGCCAACAAGGUCGGAACGGGCUUCACACCGGCUGCGUGUCGCGAGAGAGCAACGCAGUUGUUGGAGGACAACUUAUAG